AUGGAUCGACUACCUGAGUCGCUCAGCAGCUUAAGCCCCCCCGUACUAGACAACGAUUUCAACCCCCAUGAAUCCCGGCACAAGAUAUCCACUCGGCUGGAAAGGUAUGCACCACUCAAUGAUGAUGAUGAUACCGUCCACUUCUUGGAGUCUGUCUUCCGAUUCCUUCCGGUCGAAGGGCAAGUACACCUAGCCAGCGACAUCGAUAGCUGUGAUGAUGACGAGCGCCUGCGGAAACUCUCAACCCACCUUGAUACUGCUAUGCUUAGACCGAUGGUGGUCACAGGUGGUAAAACACCUGCGGUUAUUCCCUCCCCCCGUCCCGGAGCAGAAGAUUCCGUUGAAGAUCUUCUUUCGCAUGACUUUGAUUCCAUUAACCGCCGACAAGGGCAAUUGCGGAGAAUAUGUCUACAGCGGGAUAACCACCAAUGCGUGGUGACAAAAUUCUGGGACUUUGACUACGCAUCCGAUAGCCGACCCGUCGACGCACAUACUUCAGAUCUGGAAGCCGUCUACAUACUCCCCUUUGGUCUGGGAAACUUUCAGAAAGAUGAAAGACGGCGACAUGCACUAAUCUGGAACUGCCUGUACCGUUAUUUUCCACCAAUCCGAAAUUUCUUUCACAGGAGCGACGAGAGUGUCAACCGUGUUGAUAAUGUUAUGAUGCUUACUGCAUCACUGCACGCGGAGUUUGGCCGUUUUAAUCUGGUCCUAGAGGAGAGCACUAUUUCUGGUCGAUACCGUGUCAAAACAUUCCCCCAGUUCCACAAUACCUUCCUUCGACAGUUCAUUCCUGAUUUCAUUACGAUAGACAGUCCGGAUUCACAGUACCCCUCUCCAAAUAGUUUGUUCCUCGCCUUGCAUGCGUCCAUUGGGAACAUCUUGCAUGCCACUGGACGCGGAGAACUCGUGGAAAAAAUUAUGAGGCAUCUUGACGGAGCUGGCGGCAAUGCUCUUGCAAGAGAUGGGAGCACGAAUGUGGGAGAGUUACUUUCUGUCACCAGUCUGUCAGCGUUGGCAAUCAACCCCAGCCACAGUCCAGUGCCCCACAAGAAGAGACACGUUGGCGAUGUUGGGUCCUGGCUCCCUGGCAUGGAGAACCAAUGA